ACUAUUUCAGCAUUUGGUGUUGCCAGCGCGACACAACACCACUUUUCAAUACCCCAUCACUUUUUUUAGGAAUAUCUGAAAAUAGUUUAUUCGAGAUGGUUAAUCUAAACAUUAAAUCAAUGAGGUACUUGUCCGCAGAGGAUUUUCGAACUUUAACAGCAGUUGAAAUGGGAAGUCGUAACCAUGAAGUUGUUCCUACUACUAUGAUCAAUCAAAUUGCGAAGUUAAGAGGUGGCACCUGUGCUAAGUCUUUGUCUGUUUUAUAUAUGACAAAGCUAAUUGCCAAGAUGCCUCAUAUCAGCUAUGACGGAUACAGAUUGACCUCUGCUGGUUAUGAUUAUCUUGCCAUGAAAGCAUUAUCGAAACGUGCAAGUGUAUACUCUGUUGGUAAUCAAAUUGGAGUUGGAAAAGAGUCGGAUGUAUAUGUCGUUAGCGAUCAGAAGGGAAAGCAAUAUAUCUUAAAAAUUCAUCGUUUGGGAAGAACCUCUUUCCGUAGCGUAAAGAAUAACAGAGACUAUCUAAGAAACAGAAAAACAAGCUCAUGGCAAUACCUCUCUCGGUUGGCAGCUACAAAAGAGUAUACAUUUAUGAAAAUCCUCUACGAGCAUGGAUUUCCUAUCCCCAAACCAAUUGAUCAUUCUAGACAUUGCGUUAUUAUGGAAUUUAUUGAUGCUUUUCCUUUGCGAGCAAUUGAGGAAGUGCGAGACCCUGCUGAUCUUUAUCAGAAACUUAUAGAUAUUUUAGUACGGUUUGCGAGAAAUGGUUUGAUUCAUGGUGAUUAUAAUGAGUUCAAUAUCAUCGUCCAUGAAGAUGGUACACCAGUUAUUAUUGACUUUCCUCAGAUGGUAUCUACUAACCACCCUGAUGCUAAGUGGUACUUUGAGAGGGAUUUAAAUUGCAUUGUUGAUUAUUUUAAAAAGCACUAUCUAUAUGAAGGCCCUAUUCCUAACUUUGACGAAAUUGUAAGUAUGGAGAAAGAAAAUUCCUUGGAUGUGCUUGUUGAAGCCACCGGUUUUAAUAAAAAGCAGGCGAAGGAAUUGGAACGAUAUAGGAAAGAUAUCGAAGAAAGAAAGAGCAAGGGUGAAUUGGAGGAGAACGAAGGACGAGAGGACGAAAGUUCUGAAGAGGAACAAGAGGAAGAAGGGGAAGAAGAAUAAAAUUCUGGUAGCGGCUGCUUAUUUUCAGGGAAUUUUAGGGCGAUUAUUGAGAAUAUUUUUGGUUAUUGGUAAUAAUGGAUAUAUUUGAUUUAGGAUAUUAUAAGCAAUAAUUUUAUAGAGGUAUCUUAGUCUUUUUUUUUUAAUCCUUUAGGCUGUACUAUGUAGAUUUUUAGAAGUUAAAAUCAGAGAUUGCUUGUGGUUUUUUAUUCAUAUGAAU